AUGGUAAAACUCAAUGAUGCUUCGAUAGCGAAAGCACUUGUUAUUGGUGAGACUGGAUCUGGCAAAAGUACAUUCAUUAAUUAUUUGACAAAUUAUUUUCGUCACGGAAGUUUGAACAACGUGAAAGUUGCUAUUCCGUCUAAAUAUCGUCCGCAUAUUACUGAACAUUUUGCUCAUAAUGAGAAUAAUGUAUCAGACACGACUCAAUCAAAAACGGAUAGUUGCAAUCAGUAUAUGUUCAAUGAUGACAGAACAAACAGACAAUAUAUCUUCCUGGACACACCUGGUCUAAGUGAUACUCGUGGUGCUAAACAGGACGAUGAGAAUAUGACCAAAAUUAUUGAUAGCGUGGAGACUCUGGGCGGCAUCGCAGCCGUUAUCAUCGUUGUGAACGGUACAAAUCCUCGUUUAACAGCCAACAUGCAGAAUGUCAUUGCGAGACUUCGAGGCAACUUGCCUGACGUCGUUAUGGAUAGUGUCGUUGUUGUUCUUACUAAUGCAAAACGUCACGAAGCAAACUUCGACUUGAAAUCUUUAGAGCUUCACGGAAACGUUUAUCCGUACUACAUGCAAAACUCAGCAUUUUCUCAAGAUGCGGCCACAUGGGAUCAACGUGCUAUGGAGGUAGGUUUGCACAAAUGA